AUGUGUGACUAUGUGGGUGUGACAUCAACGAUUACGCCACAUAACAUCCGAAUCCAAGCAACAUCUUCAGAGCACAAGAUCCCACAUGGCCUCUUCAUAUUGCUUCUUCCCAGACACUGCCACCGGUUUCACCGCCACAGAAGACGCCUGAAUUUCACUGCCACUUACGCCGCACCUGAAGAGCCACCAAGAACCUCCAGCCGACGUGCUCCCUCUCCGGUUCCCAGUUCUACUCCUAGAGACAGGAGUCAAUUUUCUCUCAUAUCACAACGGGAUACUGCCGCGGAAGGAAUCACCCUGACCUACGUUUCCUGGGCAUCCUGCACCUUCCACGAGCUCACUCUCUUCCUCGGCGUCCCAUCUCUGCCGGAACCUGUGCCUCGCUUCAGGGGAUUUCUGCCUUGGUUCGGUGCCUCAUUUUCUUCGGACCCUAUCGAAACCGUCACUGACGAUUCUAUUUCUGCCGGUGAGAACGAUCCUCUUCUUGUCCCUCGCGCUCGGAAAUACGAACCGGGUUGGUUUUGUUACGAUGCGAAGAGCCGCUUCGUUAUUGCUGAGGAUUCCGCCUCCUCUAUUGCCUCUCCCCCUGAUCUCUCUUUCACCUUCUCCAUCCCAGCACUGGACGGCGCCGAGGAUGUCGGUAUUUGCAUUCCCGUCCUUGAGGCGCUCCGUGGAGAUGCCCUCUUGUCGGGCGCGGGAAUUAAAUUGGGUGAUAUAGCAGCUUUUGGUUGGGUAUAUAGUAUAGAAGUUGUUAUUGCUAGAAGGUUUUCUAGGAGUAAUAAUUUUCUAAAUUAG